GUUGACAGCCAUUUUCAAAAUGUCCCCUACACGCAAAUUGAGGACGAAAGAUCGUUAAAAGGAAAACAAAAUUUUGUGUUAUAUUGAUCAAUUACUGAUCUAUAUAUUUUGCAUUUUUAUGAAUUCAAAUAAACAUGAAAUAAACAUUGGAAAAUAACUUUUAUAACCUAUAAGUAUCAUUAGAAGAUCUUGUAGGAAUAAUGUCUACGAAAAAACAAAAUGUAAAGAUUUGUUGUUUCUGUGGUCUUGCAGAAGACAAUGAAUUUGAGUUUGGAAAAUUUUAUGAAUAUCGUGGUAUUGUUACACAUUAUUAUUGUUUGUUAUUAUCAUCCAACAUGGAACAAAAAGGUAGAGACAAUGAAGGUAUUUUAGGAUUUCUAUUAGGAGAUAUACAAAAAGAGUUGCGUAGAGGAAAAAGAUUGGUAUGCUUUUACUGUAAAAAAUCUGGUGCCACAUUAGGUUGUUGUAAUACAAAAUGUAAACGAAUAUUCCAUUUUCCUUGUGGCUUAAAAGCUGGAACUCUUCAUCAAUUUUUUGGUGAAUUUAGGUCGUAUUGUAUAAAUCAUAGGCCCAAACAAAAAUUUAGCGUUUAUACAAAAGAAUUAAUUAAGGAAAAAAUAGAUGUAAUAUGUUAUAUUUGUUAUGAUAAGGUAAACAUUAAGAAUUUAAUUGAUGUAUUAUGGACACCUUGCUGUAAAAAAGAUGCUUGGUUUCAUAAAAAAUGUGUUCAGCAACUUGCUUCUAAUGCAGGUUAUUUUUUUAAGUGUCCACUAUGUAAUAACAAAAAGGAAUUCCAAAAAGCAAUGCUAGAACAGGGUAUUUUUAUUCCAAGCCAGGAUGCAUCUUGGGAGCUUGAACCAAAUGCAUUUCAUGAACUUUUAUACAGACACAACCGUUGUGAUGCUGUGACAUGUUUAUGUCCAAAAGGCAGAAAUCACACAAGCAUAAAUGCAAAAUGGGAAUUGGCAUUAUGUCGAACAUGUGGUUCUCAAGGAAUUCAUAUGGCAUGUGGUCAACUAAAAUGGGCCAAACCUAUUUGGAAUUGUGAUGAAUGCAUAUCUAUAUUAGAUAAAGUAAAUCACUCGUCAAAUAAAGUAUCAGAAACUGUAAAUAUUACUUAUCAUGGUACGGACACAGAUGCCAGCGAUUCAGAAAUUUCUGUGUGUGAAUCACAAAAUAAGGAUGAUUUUUCUAUAGUGUCAUAUUCACCUUCAAGUGCAACAUCUCAAACUUUUGAACAAAAUCCAACUAACAUUUCAACAAAGAAUAUAUCUGAAAAUAACUGUAGUAGUUCUAAUCAAAAUAUGUUUACAAUAUCAUCAGUAAAUUCACCAGAGAAAAGUUCAAAUAUUACUUUAAACCGAUCAGAAAAUAAAAAUAUAUCACUAAUUGAUCAAAAUAAAACUAUAAUACAAACAAAUCAAGAAAAAGGACAAACGGAUUUAAAAGAAACUAUUAACAGAUUAUUAACAGAUGAAAAACGAAGUAUAUUAAACAAAAGUCAAGACAAAAACUUACAAAGUGAAGAAGAAUCGAUUUCUAGGGAUAAAAAGGUUGACUUGAUCAUGAUUGAUAGUGAUGAAGAUGAUAUUGAAAUUAUAAGUAAUUUAAAAAAGUCAGACAUAAAAGGUCAAACUUUAAUGAACAUGGAUCUUCCUAACUGUGAUAUAAAUACAAAAAAUAAAAAUCCGGAUCAAUUAAUAAAUAUUUCAUGUAGUUCAUCAUAUAUACCUGAAACAUAUAAUAAUCAAAUGAAAACAAACAGAAAAACUUCAGAUAACUUAAACAAAAGAAAAGAUUGUGAAAUUGUAACUGUAAAUAAUGUAAAAGAUAAUAUGUUUUCAGAAAAUGAAAAUCAUGAAGACGUAGAUAACUCACCUGUUAUGAACAUCAAAAUUACUAAUGUAACAUCUUUAUCACCUGAAGUUUUUGCGAGUGUACCUAGUCUGGAAAGAUUGGAUAAUCAUAAAGUAUUACAAUUAAAUACUAAACCUUCAAUGAGUUUAAAUAAUUUUGAAAAUUUACAAACUGAAGAUAGAAGACUAUCAUUUUCGAAAUAUCAAUCUAAUGAGACAAAAACAAGCUCAAAGAGAAAACAUGAAACAAAUAUAUGUGUAAUUGGUACUCACACAAAUGGAGUACAAUCUGUGACCAUAACUAACAUAACACCUAAAAAAGUAAGAACAAGUUAUUUAGAAGAAAAUAUGGAAGCUUCAUGUAGUAGUACUACCUAUAAUGAAGUUAAGCAGCAAAUUGCUAACCAGAAUAAUAUAAAACCAUCACAAAAAUACGUUAACGAUAGGAAUUAUCAAUCGGAUUUGGAUAUUUUUAAUUUAAAUAAUUAUAGAAAAAAUAAAAUUUCUUGUCCAAGCAGUACUACAGAGGUAUUUACUCCAACGCUGGAAUUAUCAAAUCACAAUAUAGCAGAAAGCCAAGUUAAAAGUGCUCCUUCAUGGGCUUCUGAUGCUAGUACUACUAUUAAUAAAGAUGUAAUUAUUACUCGUAUUCGAAAUAAUAGUACACAUCAGUCGUCGAAUACAAAACAAAAUUUCACUAAAAGAAAAACGACAUCAUCUAAAAAUUCGGAUAGUUCUGAAAUUAAUAACGAAAUACAAUCUACCUUGAAACAGUUUGACGGAGAUGCAGGCACCAGUUUUACCAACGAGUCAACAGACGAUUGUAUCCAAAGAAAUGACGACCGGAUUAAUCCAAAAAGAGCAUCGAUUAACAAAAGAAGUUUAUUACAGUGUAUUGACUCCAGAGAAAAUGGCUGCAAGAAACAUCUCAACUUCAAUUCGUUUUCCGAAAUCGCAAGUAAUCCUAACGCCUGUGAUAAACCUAGAUUGAUACCAGAAUCUGUACAAUUACAAGAUCUUAAAUUUAAAGUUAAAGAUUCUAAUAGCGUACAGAUGAUCUUAUAUGAUACGUUUUCUGUAAAUAUCCAUAUGAAUACUGCUAUGAAGAAUCACGUAAGGAAUUCGGCCGCAUCCGUAGGAGUAUCGAACAUGAGACGUUCAUUAUUGGAAUUAAACGACGAAUCAAAUAUUGAUAAUUGCAGUAGUACUGAAACUCUGUAUAAUUCUCAUUUAAUUAGUGAUAAAGAUAUGUGUACUUCCGAUACAAUUGUAAGUAGAAACGUUUUUAAACAAAGAGAUGAUGUAAAAGAAAAUUAUUAUCCAACUACACAAACAUCUCUUGUUACAAUGUAUUAAAUAAUUUCAGUAUA